AUGGAGUCAUUCAUAAGAAAAUUUAUUUAUAACUAUUAUCAAACAAACUAAUUAGCUGAUCAAUUAGCCAGAGAUUGUUAAUAUGAAAAAAUCAAAUAGGAUGAUUAAAUCAUCUUGUAAGAAGGAAUAUAUUUUGUUGUUGAUGGUUAAUAUUAAUUGGCUAAAAGAUUUAUCAAAUUGCCAAACUUCUUAGUAAUUCCCUUGCAUGAAAAAGCUAUUGUUUUUGCUCUUUCUGAUGUUCAUCUUUUAUCAAUAAGAACAAAUUUUAGUUCCUAUUUAAGUCAACUAAAGGAAUUGAGAACCGAUAUCAUUAUAGAAUUCUUAAGGAAAACUCUCUUUCCAAAUUUUCCAAGAAAUAGUGUUGCAAGAAUUUCAAAAUACUUUUGUUUGACAACUCUUCCUUUUAAUCACGUUAUUUAUAAAGAGAAUGAAGAUAGCAGAUUUGUGUAUUUGAUUAGGGAAGGAGAAAUUAAAUUAUAAAAAGAAAAGAAAUAGUUAAAAUUAUUAGUUGAAAAUUAAAUCUUCGGUGAAUAUGAAGUGUUUUUUAAUAGAGCUAGAUUUGCAAAAGCGGUAACCAAUUCUUCAGUUUCUCUUCUAACUAUUAAAUCAGAAAUAUUUUUAACUUUACUGAAAGAAUAUCCCAUUUUAAAAUAACGUUUACUAUGCUAAAGUGUCUUGAGAUAUGAAUUUAUGUAUCAACCAAAAUCGAUUGAAAACCAAUAGGACAAUAGAUAAAAUAAUAGUUUGUUAAGGAGACAGAAAAAAACAUUAAGAAGUUUGUCACCGCAACAAGAUUGUAUUUAGAUGUUUGAAAUGUCCUAAUAAAUUUAAAAAGAAAGAGUAAGAACUGGAUAUAAGGUCAUGCCUUUAUUCUUUAAUUAUAGAGUGUCUUUAGUAGAAAAAUGUGCUACUACUGUUUAAUCCCCUCAAUCUUCAACAAGAAGAAAAUUAGAAACUACAAAUAGUGAAGUAUAAUUUCGAUCUCAAAGUCCAGUCAGUAACUAAAAAGUCUCCAAAAUAAUCUCAAGCAAACAUAAUAUGUUCAGACAACAACCUAGUCGAGAAUUCUUAUUACAAAAUUUUGUGAAUUAAUCUAAACCAUAAUUUUGA